GCCGCCGCUGCUGCCGCGGUUGCUGAGGGUCUGGGAGAGCUGGGGCUGUCGCGGGCCGUGGAGAGUCCUUCUCGGCCGCUGUUUUUGCCCGAGGAGACUUCCUUCCUAGGUCGCACCCUGACUCCCGUGGUGUCGAGGGGGAGUCCCUGCGGACACCUCUGCACGCAGUGGAGAUGCCUCUGUUUGCCACCAAUCCCUUCGAUCAGGAUGUCGAGAAAGCAACCAGUGAGAUGAAUACUGCUGAGGAUUGGGGCCUCAUUUUGGAUAUUUGUGAUAAAGUCGGUCAGUCUCGCACUGGACCUAAAGAUUGUCUUCGGUCUAUUAUGAGGAGGGUAAACCAUAAAGAUCCUCAUGUGGCUAUGCAGGCUCUCACCCUUCUAGGAGCGUGUGUAUCAAACUGUGGCAAAAUUUUUCACUUAGAAGUAUGUUCGAGAGAUUUUGCUAGUGAAGUAAGCAACGUAUUAAACAAGGGUCAUCCUAAAGUGUGUGAAAAACUGAAGGCUCUUAUGGUUGAAUGGACAGAUGAAUUCAAGAAUGAUCCACAGCUUAGUCUAAUAUCAGCAAUGAUUAAGAACCUGAAGGAACAGGGUGUUACGUUUCCAGCUAUUGGCUCUCAGGCUGCAGAGCAAGCGAAAGCAAGCCCAGCUCUGGUAGCCAAGGAUCCUGGUACUGCGGCUAACAAAAAAGAAGAGGAAGAUUUAGCGAAAGCCAUUGAGUUAUCCCUGAAGGAACAAAGGCAGCAGUCAACCACCCUUUCCACUUUGUAUCCAAGCACAUCCAACCUCUUAACUAACCAUCAACAUGAAGGCCGGAAAGUUCGUGCUAUAUAUGACUUUGAAGCUGCUGAAGAUAAUGAACUGACUUUUAAAGCUGGAGAAAUUAUUACAGUUCUUGAUGACAGUGACCCCAACUGGUGGAAAGGGGAAACCCAUCAAGGCAUGGGGCUCUUCCCCUCGAAUUUUGUGACUGCAGAUCUCACUGUUGAGCCUGAAAUGAUUAAAACGGAGAAGAAGACGGUACAAUUUAGUGAUGAAGUUCAGGUAGAAACGAUAGAACCAGAGCCAGAACAAGCCUACAUUGAUGAGGAUAAAAUGGACCAGUUGCUACAGAUGUUGCAAAGUACAGAUCCCAGUGAUGAUCAACCGGAUCUUCCAGAGUUACUUCAUCUUGAAGCAAUGUGUCACCAGAUGGGGCCUCUCAUUGAUGAGAAGCUGGAGGAUAUUGAUAGAAAACAUUCAGAACUCUCAGAACUGAAUGUUAAAGUGAUGGAAGCCCUGUCCUUGUAUACCAAGUUAAUGAAUGAAGACCCUAUGUAUUCCAUGUAUGCAAAAUUACAGAAUCAGCAGUAUUAUAUUCAGUCAUCUGGUGUUUCUGGUUCUCAGGUGUACCCACCUCAGAGUGGUGCUUACCUGGUCGCAGGGAGCGCCCAGAUGAGCCACCUGCAGAGCUACAGCCUGCCCCCCGAGCAGCUGUCUUCCCUCAGCCAAGCAGCAGUGCCGCCAUCUGCAAGCCCAGCCCUUCCUACUCAGCAAGCCCAGGCUUCCUACCCCAACACAAUGGUCAGCUCCGUCCCGGGAAGUACGUAUCCCAGCCCGGCUUCAGUGUACAGUCCUCCCCCUGCCGCCACAGCUGCUCCCGACGUCACCAUCUACCAGAACGCAGGGACCAGCCUGUCCCAGGUGCCGAACUAUACGUUACCGUCCACAAUGCCCCAGCCUGGGGGCAGCCAGCAGCCACCUCAGCCGCAGCAGCCGUACUCCCAGAAGGCUCUGCUAUAGGACUGGAGUCCCCUUUGUGGCAAAUACCCGCCGAUCGCCAAUGGCAAUGUUACGAGAUCCUUUAAUAUCUUAAGAUUGGUUCACCCUCAGCUUAUAGGAAUCGUAUCUUGGUCAACACGUUCCAAUGUUCAAGAAGGGAGAUCCCUCUUCAAUUUGCACUGACUUUUUAGAGGGUCUCCCCUCCCCUCCCCUGUGAGGAAUGAAACUACUUACAACGUGUAAUUCCUUUCAUAAUAUGAAAGGAUCAAUGCAAGAUUAUCUGUCUCGUAAAACCACCUGGCCUGCAAAGAGUCAAACUUAGCAACACUGUUGUGGCAAACAUUGUGUACAUAGGUUGCUGUGUAACUUCACUACUGGCCAUUUUGAAUCACAAGUGGUGAUCAUGUGAAUAUAUUUAACACUGUUAAAUUAAUUGACCUUGCUAUUUUAUUUUAAUCAUGAACAGCUACCAUGUUUCAUAAUGUUUUGUGUAAAUUGAAGAUAAUUACACUAUCCUUUUAAACUGCAAGAGAACAAAACUGUAGCAUAUGUACAUGAAGGUGUUAUGUUGUCCCCGUUUCAGUUUCCCAUUCAACUGAACCUUCCUGGGAGUAAUUGGGAGCUGAACGCACGUAUGUUAUGUCAUUCUGUAGCCUCUGCAUACUACUAGCUGUCAUCACACCAGCGUACAGUAGCUAAAUUUUUGGUGCAUUUCUAGCAAAUGAUGAUGUUCCCCUUGAAACUUUGACAUUUUGGCAUGAUAUAUCAGAAUACUGUGGGACCAUGAGACAAAAAUCAAGUUGGACUGCAUUCUUUUAUACCUUAACUUUUAAAGAGAUAAUGUCGAUUUACUUUUUCCUAGUAGAAGAUAGUAAUUAGGUUUUUAAGCUGUAUACUGUGUUUAUUGGUGGCAGUGACACCAAAGAUAGAGGCAAAGAAUAGAAGCUUUUAAACUGGAAAGAGAACAGGAAUUACACUACAAUUUCAGUCUCUUGUAAUUAUUUGGGCUACCGUGAAAUUCAAUUCAUCUGUCUUAUUCCACUGCUAGUCUUUUAAAUAUGUCUUUAACACGUUGUAUCCUUUAAUUCUUCAUUAAAAUGAGUGUAAGUAGACGUUUCAAAGUCAUCUAGAUUCCUGGCUUUGCUUAACAGUUUGUAUAUUUAUUCUUGUCUUUGAAAUUGGAUUUAUAGGCUGUUUUCUCUCUCUCCUCUCUUUUACAGUUCCCGAAUGGAAUUAUUUUGGCUUCUUAUUCAGAAGCAGUUUUAAAUGAAUGCUUUUUCUUUUAAUCCAUAUGAAAUAUGUUUUCUGCUGAUAUUUUAAUCUCCUUAAAUAUUUAUAAUUUCCCAAGUUGUGCUGUUAUUUAACACUGUUAUUGAAACAACUGAAGAAUUGAGUACCAUAGUAAAUGAACUGAUUUAUUAACAGGUUUCACACCAUAAAUGAAGAUUUAAUUUGUAUUUUCUGAGACUAUAUUGUGAUCAGGUACUUGCUUUCCCUUUUGACACCAUGAUUCUACCUUUGACAAGGUAGGUUCAAAUUUACAUCACCCUAAUUUGUGUUUUCCUAAGUUUAGAGUACUUUGCCCUCAAACAGUAAUUUUAAAAUUCGAAAUCAAACUUUACAUUAAAAUUUUUAAUAUGUUGUUUUUUGCUAAACAUUGUCAAAAGAUUGUAAUAUUUUUCAUUGCCAUUUGAAUAGUUUAAGUGAUACACUUUGUCUCAAUUCAUACUGUAUUUUUCUCUGUCUUUUGAUAAAUUCCCCAAUACCAAUGGCAAAAUGUAUCAUUGUCCCAUUUUGUUUUGAUACGCUUCAUGCUGUAAAAUCAAUGACAUAUUCUCUAGUAUGUGUUUUGCCUUGUAAAAGUCAAAGAAUGGUGAAAUGAAAAAAGGCUAUUCUUAUUACAAGGCAUGUGUAAGUUUCUUUACCUAGUAAUAUUACUAGGCUUUUAUAAAGAUUUAAAUGAUGAAUACUUAAAAAUACUUUAAAACUAGUACUAUAUUAUAAGCUUGCAGGUUUCUUUUACUAGGCUUCCCUGGUGGCUCAGUGGUAAAGAAUCUGCCUGCAGUGCAGGAGAUGCUGGUUUGAUCCCUGGGUUGGGAAGAUCCCCUGGAGAAGGAAAUGGCAACUCACUCCAGUUUUCUUGCCUGGGAAAUCCCAUGGAUAGAGGAUCCUGGCGGGUUAUGAUAGUCCAUGGAGUCACAAAAGAGCUGUAGAUGACUUAGCAAUUAAACAGCUUUCACUUACUAGGUAUGAAAAUACCAGAUGGAAAAAAAUUCCACCGAAAAGGAAGCACUGGAUUUUCCAUCUUUCAGGUGACAGGGCAAGGAUAGAAAUAGGAGAGGACUAAUUAGGAGCACAGUGAUUUUGUUCUGCAACCAGAGUAUGUGCUGCACCUUUGUAACAUUUUUCUUUAACAGGUAGCUGUCCCCUUUUAAAGGGAAUUGAAUUAUUUAUAAAAUAAAUUAGCUAUAAUAAGAAUUUCUGGGAAGCAAAUUUUACUUCUCAGUAAAACUUUUUUUUGCUUUUAUAAAGUAAAAGUAAAAAGGUUUUUUUUACUUUUAUAAAGUUUUAUAAAGUUUGUGUAUCCUUAAGCCAGUGACAUCUGAAUGGAAAAACUCUGCCCAGUUACUGUCUAGCAAGAGUAGCCAACAAACCCCAUGGUCAGUCGGAUGGCUAAUACAUCAGUGUCUUAAACCUACCUACUAGUAAUGAUACAUAGUGCGUCCUUCCCCUGAUUUCCCCGAACUCCGUGGUCCUGCUUUGCUGUUCCUGUCUCUCCUACUCAUGAGGAACCUUUUUCUGUGCCAGAGAUUUUCUUCACUGUAUUAAAAACUUCUGAAAGUUUGUCUGUAUACCUCUUAAUUUAUGUAAUUAAAAUGCUUAGUAGACCCCUAGUGUUCUUUUCUCAUAGUUUUCAUAAAUGACACAUGUAUAAUUCAGCAUGAAACUUACCUUUAGUCCCAGGCUUCAAGUUUAUAAAAGAUAAAUUAGUGUCCUAUCUGAUAAACUCUGCAACUGCGAAAACUAUAGUUAUUUUCUAAAUUGAGGUCCAUUGGUAUAAUUUGUCAAAUUUUCAUGUAAGACAUUAAAAUCACUGUUUUCUUUUUCUCAUCUUACCAGUUAGCAAUUAUACAGUGUUGUUGUAUCAUUCUUUAUUUAAUAGCAAAAUCAUAUAAUUUUCUAAUUUAAAAAGUUUUUCAUUGUCAAUGAAUCUUUGUACCCUUUAGAAUAAAGUAGAAACUUAACUAUUUCUCAAA